CUGCUCCCCUUCCCUGCCGGGGCUGCCUCGCAGCCAGCUGCUGGGAGGCUGAGCAGCAGCCUGCUGGCUGCUGGCAGAGAGGAGAAGAUGCUCUGUCCCCCCCCUGCCUCUAGCAGGGCACCAGGGGAGGUGGCAGGACCAGGAAGGGUCCCCAAGGACCUACUCAAGCCUGCUGGUAAAGGUGGCUCUUGAGGGACAGUGCUGGGGAAAGGAGGACUGCUCCACAGUAGGGAUGAAGAAGCUCCGCCUCAGCUGCUUCAGCAAGACAGUGGGGCUACACCCCAGGGGUGCGGGAGCCACCACGUCCUGUCCCAGAGGGGGCGUGCGGUAAAUCCUCCAGACGAUCCAGGAACAAACCCCAGAGUAUUAGACUAUUUUCCUCACAAACAAGCAAUGGCUGUGGAUGUAGCAAUGCAGCUAUACCUAUGCUCUUCACCCUUGCGAAGAGAGAAGUGUACCUGCAAAAUUGCUCCGACGCCAAGCAAGCCAUUGCGGCCCUGCAUCCAGCUGAGCAGCAAGACUGUGCUGAAUGGACCAGAAGCAGCAGCAAACUCCUUUGCACACAACAAAGUGAAGAAAAGGGUGUCGUUUGCAGAUAGCAGAGGCUUCGCUCUGACAAUGGUGAAGGUGUUCUCUGAGUUUGACGAUCCACUAGAUAUUCCUUUCAACAUCACCGAGCUGAUAGACAACAUUGUGGGCCUGACAACAGUGGAGAGGGACAGCUUUGUCCUGGAUUUUGUUCAGCCUUCUGUGGACUACCUGGACUUCAGAAACCGCCUCCAGGUAGACUGUGUUUGUCUUGAAAACUGUAUGCUGAAGGAGCGAUCCGUUGUGGGAACAGUGAAGGUGAAGAACCUCGCUUUUGAAAAGACUGUGAAGAUCAGGAUGACAUUUGACACCUGGAAAAACUUUGUAGAUUACCCGUGCCAGUAUGUCAAGGAUACGUACGGAGGGUCAGAUCGGGACACGUUUUCCUUUGACAUCAGCUUGCCGGAGGGAAUUAAAUCCCAUGAACGAGUAGAGUUUGCCAUCUCCUUUGAGUGCAAUGGGAAGGUGUACUGGGAUAGCAACAGGGGCACAAAUUACAGGAUCAUACGGUCAGAACUGAAGUCUGCCCAGGAAGCUGCCCGCCCGCCCCAGGGCCCUGACUUCAGUAGUGCCUUUGACCAGUUUGGGAGCCCUCGGUGCUCCUAUGGCCUCUUUGCUGAGUGGCCCAGCUAUUCAGGCUAUGAGAAGCUGGGGCCUUACUAUUGACUCAAGGACAAAGUUCUGAUUGACUGACUGCUGCUGGCAUGUCAGCAGGCCUGGGAGCUGGUCUGAACGUGAGGUGUACAGAAAGGUGGAAGAAGUACAGCUCCAUGUAGCUCUGCAUGAGCCUCUCAGCAAAACCAGAUGUGCAGUGCUCUGCUGGCAGUGGGCUUUUAGUCAGAGAAGCAUCUCUGGCAUAAAGGGCUGCCUUCCCUGUCUCAGCUGGAUAACUGGCUCUCCAGAUGCUCAAAGGACCAGGGGCCGUUGCUCUUAUGUCCCUUUAGUGCUGCUACUCCUUCGUCUUCUAUAAAGCUGCUAGUCUCCAGGGAAACACUACAGUCUGAGCUACAUAGUGGUGACUGGUUUGUAUUGCUUGUCUAGUGUUAAAAGGCUUUUUCAAAAUAUGUUCUAGAAUGACUUUUCUUAGUGAGCUGUACUUCAGCUGCAGGGUUCACCUUGCAAAGCUGGCCUGUGCCUGUUGGGAAAUGGAGUGGCUGGCUUGCACGGAACUGUGUCCUGUUCUUGCACAUGUCCUUGUGUGAGGUCUUUCCUACAGGAGGCAGAAAUCAUGUUUUGAAGUGAAAAUGCAAUGGUGAUGACAGGAAAUGUGGCCCUACAGCCUGCCGUAUUAGGAGACGUAUGUGCCUGUGGGAGAGGAUCUGAUAUGCUUAGUCACCAGGUGUUUUAUCAGCUGAUCUUGAAAAACUUUCAUUGUAUUCUUGGUGUUACCAGAAAUAGAGAUUAGCUGUAGCUGUCUGGUGCUUGUAACAGCUGUGGGUUGACAGCCUUUACUGCCUUCUUCAAAAUCUCCUUGUUUCUUUAAUCACAAGUGACCGAUGAUGCUUUUUCCACUUGAUGGACAUCCAAAGUCAGCUGUUGGCAAUGCUGGGACCUGAAAAUGCAGUUCUUCCUCCUGUGGACUAUAAAACAGGGCUUUGCCCAGCUGGGGCCUGAAUCCUGUGCAGAAGACUGUGCUCAAGUGUUACAGGAGCUAAACACAAAUGGACCAUAUGGCUACUCUAUGCUGUGUCCUGUUACAAGAGGGUGACUGUUCUAUACCUACUCUGGUGGAAGUGCCUUGAGGGAGAAGGGGGUGGUACAUGUGAUCCCAGCACUGCUUUGGGAUAAACAGGCUUUGGAAAUGUCAUUUCUUUUAAAAAAGAUCUCCUAAUGCUUUGUUACUCUGUGCCAUGGACUGCUUGGCAGCUAAUGGCUUGGCACUGCUCACACAUGGGAAUGCUGUGGCUAUACUGGGUGAACAUAAACAUGCUUGGCUUCCCUCACUGUUGUAGCAGUAGCUGCCAUUUCAACCUGUAAAUGCUCAAACUUUGCACCUCUGUGUCCAUAAGAAGUGGCUCAUGCCACCUGUGCAAAGAACUAGCCAUGGGGAGUGUGAGAUGGGGGGGUUAUCCUGACACCAGCCCUGGAUGUGAAACAAUCACUCAUGUGAGACAUCCCUGUCUUCAGAGGUGGCUUGUCUUCUGGGCGUGUGCUCAGGUGAGGUGGCCAGCUUGUACAGUGCCCAACAGCUUGCAUGCUAGUUGAACAGAACACAUUAAUCCCUCAGCUCAAAGAGAGUGUGCUGAAUAGUUUGUAUAAGUAGAGAUCAAGGGAAUCUUACUUUUUCUAGUGCAUGAGCUUUAUAAUUUUUUGUGUGCCUAUAAUAGCCUAUGGAUGGGUUGGAGAGAAGCAAUGGGCUAGACUACUUAACUUUUUAAACCUAGCUUUUUAAUUCUGGAGACUACUGUAUAAAACACUUAGAAGCUGUUUUACCCUAAUCUAGAAGGGGUACUAUGAUCACUGUUGGAUGCUGAGAGGGACAAGAAGAGCUUGCACAAUUAAUAGCUAGCCUUCAACUGCUGCUUUUUCGAAAGCUGGCACCAAUGUUGUCACUGUGCUUGAUCAUGUAGUCCAGGUGGUAAAUUUACUUUCUAGCCCAGAGCUCAUCAGGCUUGGUUACUCUGCUCAAGCAGCUUCCCAAGUCAGCCCUAAUAACCUGCAUGUGGUCUCUCUUGAAGGGACUGUUGCCUAGCUUGGCUUGAACCUGGUUUUAAACUUAAAGCAAGUCUGAGUGAUGUUGAUUUAUUUUUUUUUUUUUUUUUUUCCUCCAUGAUGUUAAUGCUGUAAGACACUGACUGUAGAAAAGUCAUGUUCUCCUGGCAUCCUCUCAUGCCUAUGGAGAGUUGUUUUGUAGGCUGAAACAAGGCAUGUAUGUCUGGGGUGCUGUGGAUGGUGGUAUCUCCUUAUGGGGCCUCUUUGUUUUCAGGAUGUGGAUGGGAUGUGCUUAGAGAGGAACAUGGAAGAUAAGCUAGAAGAGCAAUGUCAUAAGUAAAAGCUGGGCUGGGAACUGGCUAUUUGACCAAUAGCAGUUUAAAAAUACUUGUGACCUUUCUCCUUUUUCCUUUUUCCAUUGCCAAUGUGAACGUAGAAGUGAGCGGUUGCUCUCCUCGCUCUAUGCCUGGAAGUGCCUUGUGGGGGGUUUUUCUUGUUUGUUUUUAAAAGAUAUUUUUGUAUACAACAUUCAAGUGGAAAAUGCACUUUAUAAUUGCUAUGUAAUGACUCUUUUAAAACUAUGGUUCUGUUUUUAUCUGAUUGUUAAAAUAAAGGUGGAGCAAAAUGUUGGCUCUGUA